AUGGGACCAACAUCGUUAGCAGUAGCUCCAGUAGCACCUGAUUCUCAUGAACAACCUAUCAGCCGGAGAUACAACGCCGAUGCAACCAUCUUGCUGAUUGGUUUUGUCGGAGCAGGAAAGAAAACGCUGGGGCUUAUGGCCUCUGUCGCUCUUCGACGAAAGUUCAUCGAUUUUGGGGCAUUCUUCCACAGCAAGAUUCAAUCUUCUCCUCAGGAGUUCAUCGCCACCUAUGGGUAUGCCCGCUAUCGCGAGUUAGAAACGGAACUAUCUCAGGACCUUCUGUCAAAACAUCAAAAUGGCUGUGUGAUAGUUGGUCUGGGGGCUACGGCAAGUGCCUCUCAGAAACAAUUGUUAAAGUCCUUCACACAACGUCAUCCCGUGAUAUAUAUAAGGAGAGAACAGGCAUUUCUUUGCCAAUUUAUCGAGGCAGACCCAGAGAAAUUCGACCGUGUGCUGAGAAUUGGAAAUGCUUUUUUUGAAGAAUGUUCCAAUUUCGACUUCUUCAAUACCACUCAAUCAUCCAGUAAACAAACUGAGGGUCAGCCCCAUGCACCUCUAAAACUGAAAGAGAUUGAACGUGUCUUCACCACGUUUUUACAUCGCAUAUUCGGAAAUCUCCCAAAACAGCUCCUCUCUGUCAAUGCUUUCUCUGCAACACAUACAUAUGCCCUAAUGAUGUCUCUUGGUCAAUUGGAUCAAUCUGACUUUAAAUUGGAGGUUUUGGACAGUGGAAUCGAUGCAAUAAAUCUUACACUCAAAGAAGAGGAUCUCAAUGAAGGAGGUGUGGCAAGACUUUCACGGCACAUAACAACUCUCAGGAUGCAGACACGAGUCCCUAUUAUUCUCGAUAUCAGACCAAACUCACAAAACGACCCUUCGGAGUUUCCUGCCGUUGUGGAAAUAGCACUGCGCAUGGCCCCGGAAGCUCUCACCUGCCAUCUUGUGGGCAAUAUGGACUGUUUGCGACAUAUUCGAUCGACAAAGGGCCUGACGAUAUUGAUUGCUGUGUGUAAUCAAUCUGAGCCUGUUGGAUCGACUCAGUCAUCGCCCGAUAUUCAUAUUCUCCAUCAACAGGUCAAGGAACUGGAAUUUGAAGCUAUCCGCUUCAUUGGUAAAACAGGUUCUUCGGAAAACACACUUUCAUGUGCCGUAUUUCGUCAGAAUAUGAUGAAUUCUCUGGGAAUUUCAGUGACCGCAUACAAUGAGAGCACAACAGGACGGGCAUCCAUAUUGUUGAAUCCCACACUGUCUCCUGUUUCUGUUACCCCCUGUUGUGGAAACCCAUGUCUUCCACUAAUGGAGACACAACAGGCUCUCCAGAACUUUUCCUUAAUCUUGAAAAGUUCAUUUACUAUCGUCGGACAAGACGUCACCAAAAGCCUGUCACCGGCGAUGCAUCAAGCAGCUUAUACCGCAUGUGGAUUGCCGCAUGAGUACACAGCUGAAAGCAUCGAGAGCUUUCAAAAAAUUCCGCAAAUGCUAUCUUUCGCUUCGUCUGAUAGCCCGUUUACUGGGGUAGCAAUAUCGCUGCCAUUCAAGACAGAGGUUUUAUCCUGUCUCGACGAAAUCAAUCCAGACGCAAGGGAUAUAAACGCGGUGAACACCGUGGUACUAGAGCAUAAAUACCAGUCCAAUGGACAUACACAGUAUUUCUGGCGAGGGUAUAACACGGACUUUAUCGGAAUCAAGGACUGCAUAUAUGGCCAUCUAUCUCCAGCAAACGCUAUCCGUGAUGGCAGCACCGCUCUGAUCAUUGGAGCUGGUGGAAUGGCUCACGCAGCUGUCUACGCGUGCUAUCAGCUAGGAGUCCGGCAAAUUUUUAUUUUUAACAGAACCCUCUCGAACUCACAGAAGCUUGCCGACUACUACAAUCACUGGGCAAGAUCCAAAGGCGAUAGCGCUCUUCAAGUGGAUGUAUUUCAGUCGAUUAAGGAUCCCUGGCCAACACAAGCUCGCCUACCGAAAAUUGUUGUAUCAUGCAUCCCUAGCCAAGAUGUCGACAGCCAAUUGCCAAUUGAUUUCCAAAUUUCCGACAAGUGGCUUGAGAGUCGAACGGGAGGUGUCUUCGUUGAGGUUGCAUAUGGUCCACUAAAAACGUCACUGAUGGAGCAGAUGCUGCCGCUGUCAAAAUCAGGAUGGAUUGUCGUCGACGGACUGAAAGUCCUUGUCAAACAAGGUAUUGCGCAGUACGAGUUGUUCACCAAAAGGCCAGCCCCUGUCCAUGUGAUGCGGCGAGUGGUGGAAGAAGAGGCUAGCAGACGAGGUUAUUUCCAUGCAUAG